AUGUUACAACUGUUGCUGAUUAUCCUAAACUGUAUAAUAAUCGGAAUAUCCACAUCAUUUGAUAGCCGACUGAACGUUGGCACUGUACUGUUUUCUCCAUCGGAUCAUCAAAAACUCUAUUGGAAUGCGACCGAGUUGAGUCUAUUGAAAGCUCGCAGAUAUUUUCAAGAUUUACUUCCGCCCGCCAAUUUCAUAGAAACAGCAAAUGAAGCUUAUGUAAAUAAACUACUUAGAUAUUUCAGGGAUACAUAUUGUACAAUAAAAAAUGAAACUCCCAAUGAGACAGUUAACUAUGUGAUGACUACAGCAUUCUCAGAUGCUGUGGGUGGCUACUUAAAAUUUUGGAUCUUACCCGUCACUAAAUUCGGAUUUUACGGCGGAACAGUAUCACAAAACAAUAUUAUAAAACUUUCUCGAUUUUAUAAAGAUUUGAAGAAUUUUCUACAUACCGACGGUGUUGGCUGGAGGGGCCCAGACGUCAAUUUUUUGCAUAAUACAACAAUGUACACUGCACCGCCACGUCAUUUCAGGAAAGCUAUUAGGAACCCUUGCAAAGCACUUCUUUUUGAAGAUAACCCUUACGAAUCUAUUAUUCCAAUACCCAAAGUAAAUUGGAAUGAGAAAUCGAGUUCUAUGUUCAUCCCUUUAAAAAAGUAUUCCAUUGUACCUCUUGAUUCUCCUGAUUACCCUAACGCCCUAAUAAAAUACUAUGAUAUUGCAAAAAACUGCAUAGAAGAAAACAAUCCUACCCGAUCAGAUGAUUUCGAAAAGAGGUUCCAAGCGUGGUUAGUUAAAGAAGUUAUGCCACAUCUUUAUGACGAGAAGAUUUAUUUUGGUCUGGGAAGUGUCCUGACGUUGGUUAACAAGACACAAAAGAUUGAUUUUAUAUCUUACGAUAGAAAGACUCACAAAGUAAUUAUAGGAGGUUUUCCAAUAGAUUUAACAGCAAAGAAAACAUUACUAAUACUUAUAAUAUUGAUUCUGGAAAUAGCUUGGUGCAUUCCUGCCUUAAUAUAUUUAAUAUGUACCAAAAAAAUGAAGCCAUUAUGCUUUCAAGGUUCAAAAUCGGAGGGUUCUAAUGAAUGCACUAAAACAAGAACUACAACUACUACUACAACCAACGCGGUAAGUAUCUUUCUUGAUAAACCACAAGCAGACAUGAUAAGGUUUGAGCCGCGUCAUAUUCAAUCAAAAUCUUCGGUUCCCAUGAAAGCAGGGAUAAGUUAUGAACGUGAAGUCAAAAACCUCCCGUCGAAAUCUUCAUUAAAAAAAAUAUGCAAUACCAGUUCAUCACACUCGCAAAAGAAAGUUCCUAUAACAAUGGAAAAGUCAAAAUCAUCUAUACUAAGUCGCAAAAUAUGCUGUUGUUCCAAGUGUCCCAUAUCUGGUAGUUUACAUAACACAAAAAGUGUGUACUCAGAAAAGGAUGCGAUAAUCGCAAUUAAUAAAUCAUAUGAUUCAAAUAAAAAGUCUGUUAAAAAAUUAUGCUCCUGCUCUAAAUGUACCAUAUAUGGUAGUUUACGUAAAACAGCAAGUUUUUAUUCGGAAAAUGAUACGAUCGUCGCAAUUAAUAAAUCAACUGAGUCAAAUACAAAAUCUGUUAGAGAAACAAUAUCACGUGUAACUUACGUAAAAUGUGAAAGUAACAACACGUUGCAAAAUAUACAAUUAAAAUGCUCCACAGAUCAAAUUUCAAUAAAGGAGUCGAACCAAAACCUGGACAAAUGUGCUUGUCAUGAUUGCCUUCAAGAUGAGAAAUCAAACAAAAACCUGAUUUACGAUAUUUGCGUAAAGGAUACGAAUUCACAUCUAAGUCUGGAGAAAAACUGUUCUUGUCGUAGCUGCCUAAAAGAUAAUAAUUCAGAAGAAAGUCUGGAGAGACACUGCUCUUGUCGUAGUUGCCUAAAGGAUAUCAGUUCGAACCAAAGCCUAGAGAAUCAUUGCUCUUGCCAUGAUUGCAUAAAGGAUAAUAAAUCGGACCGAAAUAUAGAGAAAACGGUAUGCCUCUGUCAAAGCUGCCUAGAGGAUACAAAUUCGGACCAAAACCUAGACAAAUACUUACCUUGUCAAAGCUCAAAGAAUAGCUGUCAUACCCAUUUUGACGACAAAAAAGACAGCCAAGUCACAAUUCUUACUCAAGAAAUUCUAUCAUCUGAGCUUGUGAACAUUAAAAAAUUUGAUACAAGCAUGCAGGCGCAGCAGCCCUUAGAAAUAGAUAAUGUUUACAAGGACAUAGGACUAACAAUAGAAUCAAUGAAUCAUCCGGGUCUCGAAAUAAUGAUUGAAAACCCACACACCGAAAUAAGUGUGUGUGUCGGUAAAGGUAAUUUUGAUAAAAAGUAUACUCUAAAGCCAAGUAAGAUUCCUAAGAGGCUACCAAAUGCAGACUAUAGAGCGACUCAUCAACCGUCUACCAAAAAAGAGGUUGUACGGAUCGCUAAUACUAAUCGAAGCUUGAUACCAAAACGUAAAAUAACAAUAGUAGACGAUCUGGCUAUCGACCAAAGAAAAUCUGUACACAAAGUUAAAAACAAUAAACUAAAUGUAACUUUAUAA